CAAUUUUUCUAUUAUUGUGUUGCAUGAGACUUUCUGCGCCUAGUCCUCCUAUGGAUCUGUUUUAUUGAUAUCCUUCUCGUAGCCGACAAUUACCUUUGCGGCGCCACGGAAGCCAUUGAAGGCCAGGAUAGCUGAAUCCCGAUUGCGUCCUUCUGCAGACCGUGAGCUCGAUACUCUUUUUACAGUCACUCAAGAAAAGCCAGACACCCAGUCCUCAUCAAGUCGCUUGGAUCAACAGUACUUGGUCUGUCCUUUUUGAAAAUCCACAGCCCAGCAUGUCGGCCCAACGACAAGCCUCAUCUGCCUCACAGACCCCACACCUCUCACCAGCAGAACUUUCCUACCUCUAUACCUCCCUUGCGCUUCCCGACAGUCCCAUUCGACCAGAUGGACGCUCACCCACACAGUUCCGACCGUUAACAGCAGAAACCGAUAUCCUCCCAGGCACCAAUGGCAGCGCGCGGGUCGGAUUCGCAGACGGCACGCAAGCCAUCGUCGGAGUGAAAGCGGAGGUUGAGAAGACAGCCCUGGCGGCAGAGGCCCUGAAGGUCUCGCAGUUGUCAUUGGGGGAUGAUUACACGGCCGAUCAAGGCACGGACGGCAAGGAGGGCAUGGGUGCAGCGGGCGGGCACGAAUCGUGGGUGCAGAUCUCCAUUGAGAUUCCUGGUUUUCGGGACGACGAUGCCUUGCCUGUUUUCUUGUCGGAGAUGAUGCGGGAGCCGCUGAUCGAGUCGGUAUCGAGUGUGCAGGGAGGGGAUGUGGGGAUGGCUGGCGGUCUGAAGGGGAGGCUGGUCAUUAACCGCCGCUGGCAUUGGAGGUUGUAUAUUGAUGUUUUGCUGCUCUCGCAGCCUCUAUCGUACCCUCUUCCUUUACUCUCUCUGACGACGCACCUGGCGCUUUUGUCGACGAGACUGCCCAAACUGAAAUCCAAGGGCGAAGAGGACCCGUUCUUCGACGAUGAUUGGAACGUGGCCGAAUAUCUCUACCCUCGCCAGAGUUCUGGGAAAGCUGCUACACCAUCACCUUGGCAAUUUGUUCGACCUCCAGUGACGCUACUGGUCAUCUCCGUGGCCGAUAACAUCAUCUUCGAUCCCAGCAGGGAGGAGAUUGCCGUUGCAGAUACCGUCUUGGCCCUUUCGGUCAGCCGCGACGGGGAGACUGGUAGUCUGAAAUUACUCUCUAUUAGGACGAUUGACCCUCCAUCCCGUCUGACACAGCCAGCCGUGCCGAACUCGGAGAAUGUCGCUACGAUAGGAUCUUUCGCUGCUGCAGAGGAUGCUGCUAUUUUGAGCCCUUCGACCGGCGAGGAGGAAGUUCCUGGAGUCUGGAGACCUCGACGUGGUGGGGUUAAAAGAAGUACGAUCGCGCGCAUGGUGAAAGCGGUGCUGGAGAAGGGCGGUGUUGGUGAGGAUGUAUUAGAGGGACUGGAGGGAGUUUCCGUCGGUUGAGUCGGUCAUGCAGUGUCAAUUGAAGACAAGCUCUACGAAGCUGCCCUC